AUGAUAGAAUAAGAGCUAUAAUGUGCUAAUAAACACUAGAAACCUAUUCUUAGUGUAAUCUUUGAUAAUAAAUUUGUAAAAAAUCAAAAACUUUUAUGUCAUGAGUGCAUGGAAACUUAUACUUAAGAUGCUCGAAUUAUGGGAUUUAAAGCAGUUAACUAAAUCAUUGGAGAUAGUCAAAAACAAAAAAGAGAAUUUUUGGAAACCUUGAUAGAUAAUGAUUAAAAAAUAUUAAAAUAAAUUCAACUUUAUUUAGUAGGAUUGAGAUCCACUAUAAUUUAAGAAUUAAAUUCACUAGAUGAAAUCACAAAAUCUUGGAUUCGACAUAUGGAUAAAUUUAAAUCAGAUUAGUCUGCAUUUAGCUUCUUUGAAGAAUUAGAUAAAAUAAUAAGUUAUGGAUAAGAAUAAGUAAUUUAAAUAAAUAAAGAAACAAUAUUUAAUGAAAUUAAAAAAAUUAAUAGUUCAUGGAGUAUUGAUUGUAAUAAUUAAUUAAAAAAAUUUAAUUAGUUUGAAGAUAGUUUGAAAUGUUAAGUUAGUUUAAAAGAUCUAAAAAUUUAAGAAUAGGACAAGCCUAUUUCUAGUUAAGAAGAAUUCUUGGGAAUGUUAGAUUCUACGUAUAAGGCUAUUAAAUGCAUUUUUAAUUAAUAAAUAUUAAAUACUAAAAAUGAACUAGUAUACAUAAAGCAUGUUUAAAAUGUUAUAAUAAAAUAAAAUCCUAUUGAAAAUUAAUAUGAUGAAUUCCAAAACAUUUUUUCACUUUUUAAAAGAGAAUUAUCUGAAACUUAACAAUUUAUAGUCUUAGAUAAUAAUUAAUAAAAUUAAGGUUAUCUUAAAAUCUUUGAUCAAGAUAUUGCUAAGAGAUUAAAAAAUUCAAAUGAUUAACUACUUGAUAUGAAUUAAUUUUACAGAAAGUCGAAGGAUUGUUUUGAACCAAUAAAAAAGGGCUAUGAAAAUUCAUUUAAUCAUAUAAAAUUUCAUUUAUAUUUCGAAUAUGCAGAUUUUUAUAAGAAUUUUCCACAAGAAUUUAAUAACAUUAUGUUUGAUUAAAAUGGUUGGAUAAAGCUUUAUAAAGAGCUCUAUGAUUUAAUAAAACUAGAUGUUGGCAAUUCCAAAUAAUAUAUAGAGUGUUUAAGAUACUAAUCUUAUAAAAAUAAUGAAAUUUCUAAUAACUUUAUAAUCACAGAUACAAUAUAAAAGGUUCAAAACAACAUUAAGGUAAAAUAUAACAAUGAAUUUGCUAAAUUUGGAGUAAUUUUAUCUGAUAUUGGAGAAAGGUGCAUAUAUUAUUAUUCAAUGCUAAUUAUAUGGAUAUUUGUUUGUAGAAAGUAGGAAUUAAAACAUUAAAUAAUAGCAACAUUACAGAAAUUAUUAAACUGA